UCUCCGUCUCGAUAUAAGCACGUCCCCUGCAGGCUGCAGAACCUGCUCCAACAAGGAUUAGAUCGGAACUCCAGGUGUGAGAAUCAUCCCGACUUUCCCCAUCAGCGUUCGGGUUCUUGCUUCGUGAACGAGAAGAAGAGAGAAGAUGUCGCUUAUUCCGAGCUUCUUCGGUCGACGCAGCAGCGUCCUCGAUCCCUUCUCCCUCGACGUCUGGGAUCCCUUCGAGGGCUUCCCGUUCGACACCCGCUCUCUGGCUGAGCCCCGCUCUUUCUUCGCUGGCGGCGAGGCGUCUGCGUUUGUCAACACUCAGAUUGAUUGGAAGGAGACACCCGAAGCCCAUGUCUUCAAGGCCGACCUCCCGGGCCUCAAGAAAGAGGAGGUGAAGGUGGAGGUCGAGGAGGGUCGCGUGCUUCAGAUCAGCGGCGAGAGGAGCAAGGAGGUGGAGGAGACGAACGAUCGCUGGCACCGCGUGGAGCGUAGCCAGGGCAAGUUCCUCCGGCGAUUCCGUCUGCCGGAGAACGCUAAAGUGGAUCAGGUGAGGGCAGCGAUGGAGAACGGCGUCCUCACUGUGACCGUGCCCAAGGAGGAGGUGAAGAAGCCGGAAGUCAAGUCAAUUGAGAUAUCCGGCUGAGCAUUUUCUCCUGGAAUCUGGUUGUCUUCAAAUGCGUAGUCGUUUUUCUUCUUUUGUUUGCUGUAAGGAAAUACAUUUUGUCUUCGUGAAAUCUCCCUUCUUUUC